AUGGCUCAACUGGUUGGAAGUUGGAAGCUAGUCCGCAGUGAGAGUUUUGAGGAAUACCUGAAAGAGAUGGGUGUGAAUACCCCAAUGCGGAAGCUGGCGACCCACAUGCAUCCUUCUUGCGAAAUCAAGCGAGACGGGGAUUCCUUCAGCAUCAAAAUGAACGUCCCUGUCAUCACCAUACACGAACAGGGGUUUACCAUCGGCGUCCCCUUCGAAGACCUGCUCCCCAACGGCCUGAAGCAGAUGACCAUCGCCAGACUGGAAGAUGAAAACAAGAUCAGAUUCCUGGAGGAGGAAGAGUCUGAUAAACCACACGUGGUCGUACGCGAAGUCAUUGGCGAUGAGAUGAUCAUGACUUGUUCCAAGGGCGAUGUCAAAUGUACCCGGAUCUUCAAGCGGAUCGAAAACUAA